CCGCCCCGUGUAGAAGGCGGCUGGGGGCGGCGGAGCGGUGCGGAGCAGUGCGGAGCCGUUACCGUCCCUCUGUCUCUCUCUCCGUCUCUCUGUUCUCUCACCGUGAAUGCGCGCAACGGGAGCGCAAGUCCUGGAGCGCAGCGCAGCGCUGAGGCGAGGAACGGAGCGCUCGGAGCUCGGCGGAGCGCGGUGUCCUCGGCAAUGCAAUCCGCGCGGCUGCGCGUCCUCCUGCCUCUGCUGGGCUGCCUCCUAUCCGCGGCAUCCAGCACGCGCCCAGAGUGCAGCAUCAUGCUGGAGAUUGAAGAGGAACGCAGCCAGUGCCUGGCAGAGAUCACUGAGGAUAAUCAGACCUCAGGUUGCAGAAGGCAGUGGGACAACAUCACGUGCUGGCCUGAAGCGCAGGUGGGAGCGGUUGUGGUGAAGCCAUGCCCAAAGUACUUCAGGUUCCUCACCACUUUUCUUGGAAAUGUGAGCAGGAAUUGCACAAGUCAGGGCUGGACAGAUGUGUACCCUGCACCGUAUGCUGUCGCUUGUGGCUACGAUUCCAACAGCACACCAGGGGAAGAGCAAACGGCGUUCUAUGGCACAGUCAAGACCGGCUACACCAUUGGACAUACCUUAUCACUCAUUGCUCUCACAGCUGCUAUGAUCAUUUUAUGUCUCUUCAGAAAACUGCACUGUACUCGAAAUUAUAUCCAUAUGCACCUCUUCAUGUCCUUUAUAAUGAGAGCCAUUGCAGUCUUCAUAAAAGAUGUCAUCCUGUUUGAAAGUGGAGAACCUGAACAUUGCUUUGUGAGCUCAGUAGGCUGCAAAGCCAUGAUGGUUUUCUUCCAGUACUGCGUCAUGGCCAACUUCUUCUGGCUGCUGGUGGAAGGGCUGUAUCUUCACACCCUGUUGGUCAUCUCCUUCUUUUCAGAGAGGAAGUACUUCUGGUGGUACAUCUUAAUUGGCUGGGGUGCCCCUUCCGUGUUCAUCACUGCUUGGACGGUCGUCAGGAUUUACUUUUUCAAUGUUGGAUGCUGGGAGGAAAUAAUAGAAUCCCCAAUCUGGUGGAUCAUUAAAACUCCUAUUUUGGUGUCCAUUUUGGUGAACUUCAUUCUCUUCAUUUGUAUCAUCCGUAUCUUAGUCCAGAAGUUGCAUUCCCCAGAUGUUGGACACAAUGAAACCAGCCAGUAUUCGAGACUGGCCAAGUCCACCUUGCUGCUGAUCCCUCUCUUUGGCAUUCACUACAUCAUGUUUGCUUUCUUCCCUGACAAUUUCAAAGCAGAAGUUAAGCUGGUGUUUGAGCUCGUGGUUGGGUCAUUCCAGGGUUUCGUGGUGGCUGUCCUCUACUGUUUUCUCAAUGGAGAGGUCCAAGCUGAGCUCAAGAGAAAGUGGCGGAGGUGGCACCUGGAGCGGUUCCUGGGCUCUGACAUGAAGUACCACCACCCUUCUUUGGGCAGCAACGGCACCAACUUCAGCACCCAGAUCUCCAUGCUGACCAAGUGCUCACCAAAGACACGCCGGUGCUCCAGCUUCCAGGCAGAAUUCUCUCUGGUUUGAUGGAGAGAGGCUCUCUGAGCACUGAGCAUCCAAGAGAGAGAAGGAUCCCCAGGAAUCAGUUACCUAUGGACAAAUCCUUGUGAAAUGACAUGCUCCACUUGAGCCAACAGAGGACAGAGAACUGGAAAAGCCAUUGGCAUCCAGAACGAGAUCAGACAAGCUAAGAGGCAGAGAAAUACUUUUCCUCUCCCUCUUUUCAGACCUUUCUCUCUAAGUUGGUGCCCGUGGGGCUGAUAAUGCUGAGUAAAGGUCCCAGUCAUUUGAGGAGAGCCUGGGAGAUCCUAAUGUGCUAUAAAUACUGAAUUUUGGGGGUAUGGGAGGGAAGAGCUUGAGUUAGUGGUGGCUUUCCCGGAACCGGCAUCUCUGAAACAGAUAAAUUGCACUUUUUUUUGUUGUUGUUUUAAAUGAGCCAGUAAAGGACAGAGAGAGGGAGAAAGAAAUGGGGGGAAAAAAAUGCCAAACUUAUGAAUGUGCCAAAAGCCCAGCCGCUAAGAAGUGGUGAUGUGGUGCUGGAAGCAGCAAGGAGAAGGGACAGGAAGAACACAGGCAGGAAAGGCAGAGGCCAAGCUGCACAGUGCAAAGAAGCUGCAGCACCAGGCAAGGCCCCGGAAGGAUGCUCUGAUGUUGGACUGUGUUCUGCUAAUUGCUCACCAUCUUCGUUAGCUGAAACUUUCCAUGUGCCAUUGGGUACCCUCUGGAAGAGCAGCUUGCUGAGAAGGACCAGCACAAAAUGCCCUUCUCCGUGCUGCGUUCAGGACAUCAACAUGCUUUGUUUGGUUGUUUUCACUGAAUGGUUUGCAUGUAUAAAAACCAGGUACAGAUGCCAACUGUGGAGUACGGCUGUGUUUUUCAUACUUGUUCAUUGAACCUGUAGAUCUUGGUGCAUUACUGCACCCAGCAUUAUUAGGGAUCGGGGGAAAGCAAUUGGUCUGCAAUCCAUUUGCACUUGCUUAGUGCACACUGCCAGGAGAGGGAAGAUGUAGAACCCUGUAAUCCUUAAUUGAAUCAGGCCUGACAUAAGGAGCCAGUCUCCAGAUGAAAAAAUUAGCUUCCCAGCAGCAAGCAAAAUUGCUUUCAUCAAAACAAGGUUGGCUCAGCACGUAACUGGCACUCCAGGAGUCGGAAAGGAGUGAGGGAGCUAUUAAAUUGAUUUCUUCUUCAGCUUGUGCAGCUUUCAUCCUAUGAUAAAGGCACUGUUAGAUCUUUAAGAGACGCAUGUGCAUUUUAUGUCGUUUUUGAAGACCUAUUAGUUUUCACACUGGGGCAGUCCCUGUUUGAAGGAUGUACAUAGAGCUUGCUGAAACCAAGGGAACUGUUAUUCUUUUUUCUUCCCUUUCCUCGAUGGAGGGGAGAAGGAGUGAAACCAAAUCCUGUUCUGGCACACCAGGCUGGUGGUUCACAGCUCACAUCACGUGAGCUCAUUCCCAAGCCAUGCAUCCCAACCUUAGAAAAUAGCCUAAGGAUGCAGAUGCUCGUGGCUGUUUCCCACCCGACUGCAUUGUAUGAGGACACAUCAGUUUUACACUGGGGGUGGAAAAUCUCCGACAAGCAAAGGUGUAAACUGAAUAAUUGGGCUGCCAUUGUUCUACUACAGCAUGUUACAUCAGUGUCCUUGGGAAGGAGUCUGAGUCACCAAAUUAACACGUGUACAUGGAAAGCAAAUAUGAGUGUUUUCAUAGAUCAGAGAUCUCAACUUUUCCACUAACAGCAACUGGACUCUUCUUUCUCUCAAAUUAAAUUGUAGUUCCUUGAAGGGAAACAUCUUUAAUUUAGAGUCUUCGGGGUUUGGGGUUUUUUCUCACUUGUUUGCUUGCUUGCUUUAAGCAUCUCAAAUUCACUGCCAACAAACCACACUGAGCCCAGGAGAAUUGCAGAUCAGGACAUCCCAUUCCUUUCUGAGUUCUGAGGGGAGGUUUUUCCUUUGCAUACCUCUCCCCAGAGCUGUACUGUUGCCAUCUGAGCUGGAUGCUGCCAAAAUACUGCCCCACAUUCAGGCCUGAGGACAGCACACACAACUGACAUCAGUUGAUGUGAGAUACUCUGAUAAAACUGCUGUGAAGGGUAGGUAUGUACCCACGGGUUUCCAGCCUGUCAUGGAGUAAUCAUGGCUACCCAGCUUGGAAAACCUAGAGCAGAUAGAUAUUUGUGAAGAUAGCUGUGCUGAUCCCCAUGGUCCUGGUAUUAAACUGCUGGCAAAACUCCAGGCUAGCCAGUCUGGGUCAUCUUUGUUCUCAUUAGAAUCAGAAAAUCAAUCAUAGAAUGGUUUGUGUUGGAAGAGACCUCUUAAGGAUCAUCUAUUUCCAACCCCCCUGCCAUAGAUAGGGACACCUCCCACCAGACUAGGUUGCCCAAAGCCCCAUCCAGCCUGGCCGUGAGCAGUUCCAGGGAUGGGGAAUCCACAGCUUUUCUGAGCAAUCUCAGUGCCUCACCAGCUUAAGAAUAAAGAAUGUCUUCCUAAGAGCUAACCUAAAUUUCCCCUCUUUUAGUUAAAAUUGUUCCCCCUUGUCCUACUACCAUGUAAAAUGCUGAUCUCUAAGUGGCUAUGCUACAGUGAAACUAUUUCAUUAGCAGUCAGAAUCCAAGUGCCAUGAAAUAUUCAAAGUCCUCUCAGCAGCCACUCAAUUCCCAAAAUGCAGAGAAACAUUCUCACAGGGCUCUCAGAGGCAGGGACUUGGUGCUUGGUGUUGGUUCUGCUGCUCUGAGUGCUUCCAGAGCUGGGUUAGGACUCAUGCAGAAGGUGCUGGAGGACUCCCAUAAGCAGUGCCAAGUCUCCCAUACCAGCAACAGAGGAACUGAAGCCCAAAGCUGUUGAGAAUCAAGUGGAGUACUGCUGCUGGCAGCAGGAGGUGGUCAGUGCCUGCAAGCCUGAGACACCUUGUGCAUUUUUGUUCUGUGUUUCUUUUUUUUUUUACCUUCCUUUUCUUCUCCCUGUGCUUGUGAUUCCAUCUGCAGGACGAACUUCUGCCUUUCAUUUACAGCUCCUCUUUAUUUACAGCCCUGGGCCAGCACUAUGGCCAAAGCCAGCAGGAAUGGUUUUGCUCAAUGGAGACAUGACAGGGAAAAGUUUGGCUGCUUAUUUACCCAUGCAACAAGGCCUUCUGCAGCCCCUGAGCUGAACUGAUUUGCACCUUCAGAACUCCAUUACAAUUGGUUCAUCACCACGCAUCCAACUGGAUUAAGCUGUCAAGGGUCAAUGAAGAGACCAAGUGAACAUGCUGUGAUGGGCAUGGCAGAGCUGCCAGCCCAGCUGUGUUGGAUUCAAAUUCUGGGAGAAGAGAGGAGUCAGUGAUGAAAUCAAAGCUUUUCUCUCUGGGGAUCUGAGCAAUCAAGUGAAUGAGUUUCUCUGCCCAUUCUGGCUUUUGGAUCAGGCCCUUGUUUAGGUGCUUAGUGCAGGAAUUUGGCCGGGUAGCUUGGCCUCCUCUACUCUGAAUGUGAUUUUCAUCCAACUCAUCAAUAAAAUGGAGUUCAAGGACCUCACUGCAGCCCCAAAUGACUGCCCAAACCGUAUUGCCCAAAGCAAUGCUGAGUAAAUGUCCCAGUGCUCAGAGCUGUUGCUGCUUGUCACCAAGCACGAGCCUGACCAGUGGGACAGGAGCAACUUCAAUGAAUGCAAGUGAAUUAUCUUAGUGAAAAAGAUGAUUAAGAGUCGUUCCUGGAUACUCUGUGCUUUUCAGAUGUGUCUGAAGAUAAUGAGUUUGGAUCCCAAAAUGCUUUACAGAAAUGACACCAAAUUCUCACCCCUCUUGCAUCCCUCAGUUCAUAACCGUGACUCCUGAUUUACACAAGCUGGAAACUAGAAUUUGACUUCAGAAGAAUUCCUUUACUUUCAGCCUGGAACUGUUUACUCUCUUUUUAUAUCAGUGAGAGAUCAAAUCCAAUCCUGUUAAUUAGUCACUCAAGGUUUCAGUGAAUAAACUCUUAAACAAUUAUUAUUAACCAUGGAGCAAUUAGAAUAUAAAAAUUAAAAGACCUUCUCAAGGUCUAGAGGUGCAAGGUGCAAUGCUAACAUUAGGCUGUAGAUAUUUCUAUCCAGAUGAGACCUGUAUGGCUCUGUGUCCCUCUGAUAAGCAGUGUGAAAUAUAACCAUGUUUAGGGCUUGAAAAAGAGCAGUAAAAGAAUUCUAGGCUGUGACUGAAUUCUAGGGCAUUAAUUUGAAAUUAUUUUUUAAAAACAGGACUAUAUGCAGCAGCAUCAUUGCUGCAGUUUUGGAAUGAAAAAGGGAUUCCAAACAAGCUCAGAAGAUAAAACAUUUGAUGUUUAUUUAUUUUGUUGGGUUGGAUGGUGGUGGGGUUUAUUUUUGGCUAAUCAAUGGGCAGUUGCCAGUUGGUUUAUAGAAAGGAAAAUGAAGUUACAAAGAAAGCUGAGGAGUGGACACUGCUUGGCUCCAUUGCAGAGAUUGAAGGGUUUCUUUUUGAUCACCAUCUCCAUUCCUUCUUCCAUCAGCAUGGUGUUUAAAUAAGGCAUAAAACCCCAUAGGAUUUUUGAAGAAAUCAUAUACUGUUGGACUAGAAAGGGGUCUCUGAGACCUGGGAGUGCCAACAUGUGUCAUUAUGAAGUGCAUUUCAUUCUGUCUACACAGGUUCCUGGUAGCACUUGGUUUGGUUAAAUGUCAUUGGGAACACAUGUGGUAGAAAAGCACAGAGCCUGACAGCAGCCCAUCUUCCCUGCAAGGUGAAGGGUCUGAGCUCUCUGACUGUGUAAAACACCUCCCUCUGCUGUGCCAUCCUCUCUGCCUUCAAGUAGCUCAUUGGGCUGAAGAAGAUGUUGGACUGGGCACAGCUGUCUCUGCACCAAUGGUGAAAGUGCUGAAUUCUUGGCAAUAAAGACUGCAGUCCAGGGCUCCAUGACUCCCCAGGCAGCUUUGCAUUUUUCACACACCAGUAUUUAUGCUGGAUGGGACUGUGAUGCUUCUCAAUUGUAGAUGACCCUAGAGGAGCAGGAGACCAACCCUUGGCCUCGUGUGCAUUCAUAUCAAUCUGGAGUGACUCUGGUGGGAUUGUAACUAGCUGGUGUUACAGGGAAUAGAACUAAAUCCCAGUCUGGUACUUGGAGUCAGACAUCCCAAAAUCCAGAGCUGCAUAGAAUUCAAUGUUUUUUUCAGUCAACGAGCUUUUACCCUCUUCCCAAAGCCAGGAUUUAUACGCUGGUGUGAUGAAAUACAGUUACAACUGAUCUUUUUAUUUCCCCCAGAUAUCUAUAAAGUUACAAACCAUGGCUUUCCUGGGCUAACAGACCACUUCUUCCCCCUCCUUUUCUCUGGAAGUCCUCAGACUUUGCUCCCUUGCACGGUGUUGCAUUGUGUUGAGAAGCCCUGGGUUCAAAACCCUACUUCUUUCCCUACCUCUACUUCAAAACCCUACUUCAAAACCCUACUUCUUUGCACACUGCUGCAGAAUCACAGGGAUAAGAUAGUCAUUGGGACUGGAAACUGUGUAGCAGGUCUCUAUGGGAAAUUCAUGCCCAUAGUGUUCUGAAGGCCAGGCCUUUAGGACACAAAAAUUGACAUCAGUAGAGCAGUUGGCGGUUUAUACCCCAGUUUUGUGGAUGCUGUAAACUUGUACAUAGAGGAAAUCUGAAGAGCACAUUCAAAAAGCAAAAAGUCACACAUUCUUUUAUACUCUGUGGAUAAUAAAUCAAGCUUAAAAACAAAAACAAAAACUUUUGAAUUCAAGAGUGUAUUUUUCAUAUUCUGUUUCAAACACAGCACAGGCUGUCCUUGUUCAGUAGCUGGUGCCAACCAACUCUUUGGUGACUCUGAAAACUCAUUCAGACUUUUAGCCCCCCUGUUCUGCCCUCCUGUAAAUAUGCUUUGACAGCAAAGAGUGAUGAAAACUGGCUAUGAACAGGGAAUCAUUGUUAAGCCACAUUUCUGUGGAUUUUUAUGUACGUAGGUGCUCGUGAUGUAUUUGGAACAGGCCUACUUGCUUGGCACAGGUGAAAUCUCCACCUUGUUUCAUGGCCUUUUGCCUGAUGUUAUUUAUUUUGUUCUGACUCUGUACAAAUGCAAUGAAAUGGCUAUUUUUUUUUUCCUUUGUACUUGGUUCAUCUCCUUGCUUCAGAGGAGGUUCUUCUCUGUGGUUGACACUGCUGAAAACAAGCAAUAAAACCAUUGUGAAGAAGUCGUGUCUAAGA